GACUCGUAACAGUUGUCUUGUCGCGAGAAUGGCUAGGCGACGAAAUCGCAUGGACUAUGAAUGAGGCCUCACAUACAUUAUCUUUUUCCUUUUCAUGAUUAAUCUUUCCUAUACCUUGCAUAUUUUGAUAUCAUGCGUCAUACAAAAAGAGCGCUUUAAAGUUCUGCUAACAUUUCUUGAUUCAAGAUUUUUCUCAACAUUGGAUGACAGAACGAUAACAUAUUCCGCAAUGCCCAUUUCUUUGUGACUAAGUUUCGUCGAUUUACAUUUGAAUACCUCAAACUUCGUCACCUUUCCAUUGCACGUCAACGUUUUUAUAUCCCGUCUCUCUCGUCAUGGAGAAACCGGCUAGUAAACCGGCUGGAAGUGACUACACAUCCAUUCUGAGUGAGCAUCUGAAUGUUGACAACUUGAAGGCGUUUUGUUUGCGAGGGGGAUUGCGUACGUCAAAUCUGCGAUCGAUCGCUUGGAGGAUUCACCUGAAAUGCUUGCCUAUCUCAAAAGUAGAAUGGAUUUCUGUAACAAGUCGAGCUAGGAAAUUGUAUGCUCAUUUGAAACAGAAGAACAUUCCCAACCCACACGAUGACCGAUUUUGUCAGGAUCCACAAAUAAACAACCCUUUGGAUCAAACGGAGCUCAAUCCUUGGCAACAGUACUUCGCUGAUCAUGAACUUCGCGAUCUCAUAUCAAAGGAUGUUGGGAGGACGUUUCCGGAGCUAGAGUUUUUCCAGCAAGAACACAUUCGCCGUAUGAUGAGCGAUAUCCUAUUAAUCUAUGCAAAAGAAAAUUCUUUUGUAUCAUACAAGCAGGGAAUGCAUGAGAUACUUGCCCCUCUGAUGUUCGUUUUAUACUCUGACCAGCAAACAUUUUGCCACUACAAUGAGACCGGAGGAUUGCAAAAUCUGUCCGAAGGGGAUCGCACCAUCCUUGCCUUCGUUUACGAUCCUGAGUAUCUGGAAAGUGAUAGCUACGGUAUGUUUUGUGAAGUUAUGCUGGAGGUUGCGAAGUGGUAUGAAGAUAACUCUUCCUCACCCAAAACUUCUAUAGCCGAAUCCGGACCUUUUAUGAGGGUCCAAGAUGCCACUCCAACAAAUCAUAUCAUGCGAGAACUGAUGGUAAUCGGCGAAAGACUUCAAUCUGUAGAUCCUCUGCUUGCGAAUCAUUUGAAUCAACUAGACAUUCCACCGCAAUUAUACGGAAUAAGAUGGCUGCGAUUACUAUUUGGUCGGGAAUUUUCCAUUCAUGAUCUACUUUAUGUUUGGGAUGUCCUUCUUUGUGAUCGCCCUAUCGAAAGAAUGGUCGAAUGCAUAUUCGUUGCAAUGUUGCUGCAAAUCCGCCAUCUCUUGCUACAAUCGGAUUACGGUGGUUGUUUACAAUAUCUGAUGCGAUACCCUCCUGUUGUGGAUGUCUCCACGUUCAUGCAACAAGCACUUCAUUUUAGGAAUCCUAAGAAAUAUCCGCGGCCUGCAAGUUUGGGAGCUUUGAGUAACUUCUCCCACCUCACAGUGACCGGCGCUGAUCAUCCCAACCGCAGUCGUCAACUGUCCGCGCCUGCCAGUAACUCAGAAAGUCCUGUAGAAGAAACACCUAGUGGUCUACGCAACAUAACUUCAUCCAUGCUAACGAAGGUCAAGAACACUGUGUUGGAGAAACCACAGGCUGUGUCAGGUAGCACUCCACCUAUCACACCACGUCAUGCCCCGCAGCCUCUUCAAAAUGUUGUACGACAAGCUCCAUCAUGGGAGAGGGAGUUGCAUCUGAUGGAAGAGCAGGUUGCGUGCCUGCAGAUCCGUUUGAAUGAGAAAGAUGUUGCAUGUCAGGAAGCAGCAAGGAAUAUAGAAGCGUGCAUACAACAAUUGCGUGGGGAAGGUAUCUCGAUCCCAGCGUUAUGUUCCAAAUUGUCCGAAAUCAGUCGGAGUCUGACCACUAGUUCAAAUAAUGGAGUAGGUAACCCAGUCUUGAAUCGUCGUGCAGAAAAAGAAGUGGUCGAGAGACGCUAUAGUUCAGGUAGAGCUCCUCCUCAACCUCGCCAUAUCCAAAAAGAGAAUGAAAUGAUCGAUCUAAGAUUGCGACCCAUCAAGUAGUUUACCCAUGACAGGUUUUUGAUAUCUUUUAUAACUUCCACGUUGAGGAGUUAGCGGGUUUUCUUGCCUGGCAUAGUUUGAUCUUAUUUUU